AUGGGCUUGGCGCUAGAGGAGCGCCGAACAGGCUCACCUAGCAAGCCUGACACGGCACUAAACCGAUCUGUGGCAGGGUCUGUCGGUGCUCGUGUGCCCAUGUCUGGCAUUCGCACACCUAGCGCGUCUAGCGUGGGUCGCCUCGCCGAGCUCGGCGUAUCGAGCGAGCCGAUCCAAGCAUACCUGCGAAUCCGACCCGACACGCAGGGGAUACAGACGGACCCUUACCUAAAGGCCGUGUCAGAGACGGAAGCCGUCCUACAGCCGCCCACAGACGUGGCUACCCGGCGGUACGCUCGUUCGCGUCACGCUGCGCAGGCCCCUACUAAGUACACUUUCUCCCGCGUGUUUGCGCCCGUCCCUACCGAAUCGCCAAGGGAAGCACAACAAUCUUUUUUUCAGCAUACUACUCUUUCCUUGGUGAAGGACUUACUCGAAGGUAAGAACAGCCUCGUGUUCACCUAUGGCGUUACCAACUCGGGUAAAACAUAUACUGUGCAAGGCAAUGACGAACCGGGCGAGGCAGGUAUUCUGCCUCGCACAAUGGAUGUAAUAUUUAACAGUAUCCAGGGGCGUGAGUGCACCAAGGCCGUGCGUCCAAUGGGUCUGACUGGCGUGCAGCCUGGGGUCUCAGAUCCCAGUAAGAGCCUUCUAGCAAGCCGUCCUCGGGCCAAGCCGCGGCCGGGCGUAGGACGUGGGGCGGAUGUGGGAGUAGGAAAAGCUGGCAUCUUUCAGUCGCCUGCCACCGAUCCGACUACGCUCGCUGUACACCCUGAUUACCGCUACAGUGUGUGGGUGAGCUAUGUGGAAGUGUACAACGAAAAGCUUUAUGACCUGCUGGAAGCGCCCAUGCCAUCGCUGCUGGCACGAACCGAUGCAGUGCGUGACGAGACGGACGAGAAGUCGGCUGGACCUGCGCGUCGUCCCCUGCUGUUAAAGAGUGAGGUCGAGAGUGGCGGUAAGUACGUGGGCGGACUUAAGGAGAUCAAGAUAUCCAACAUUUACGAGGCACGCGAAAUUUUGCGCUGCGGCCAAGAAAACCGCUCCGUAUUCAGCACCAUGGCCAACCGCUCUAGCUCUCGCUCCCACAGUGUUUUUACCAUCAAGAUUCUGCGCGAGCUCACAACUGUGCAAUUAGGUGAGCGGGACGUAUCUGGCCUGAGUCGCAAGUACUUUGUGUCACGACUGAGCAUUGUGGACCUCGCGGGAAGCGAGCGCAUUGCUAACACGGAUGUGCCCGCCGGCCCGCGAUUGAAGGAAGCAGGCAACAUCAACAAGAGUCUAAUGUGCUUGGGCCAGUGCCUGGAGACCAUGCGCAAAAACCAGCUGCGGGCUGGAAUCGUGGCGCCUGGUGACGCCAAGGUGGCUCUUUCGUCGUCGCGCUCCGAUGACACACGCAAGCGGCGGCAGAGUAUUGUACCUUUUCGCCAUUCAAAGCUCACAGAGCUAUUCCAGUCGUUCUUUAUGGGUGAUGGCAAGGUGGUAAUGAUUGUAAAUGUGAAUCCGUAUGGCACCGGGUACGAGGAGAGUGCCAAUGUCAUGCGGUUUAGUGCCAUGGCCAGAGACGUCGGUAUCCAAGUAUCGGCUGUUUCUGGGCCGGGCCCUGGCAGUGCGGAUACAUCAAGCCUAUCGCUGGCAUCACAAGCUGAAUCAGACCAUGAGGACGAUGACGUCGACGAGGACACUGAUGAGUUUGUUAACAUGCUUGUCGAGGAAAAUGAGCGGCUGCGCCAGCGCUGCGAGAGGGCAGAGAGCCUCUGUCAGACUCUAGAAAAGACUGUCAGAGACGAGAUGGCCCAACAUAUGGAGGAAGCGCUCAACCACAUGCGGCAGUACUACGAGCGCCAACUGCAGGCGGAAAUUGAUGCCAGUGAUGCGUUCCUGGACCGCAAGAUCGACCUUCUGGCGCGCAUGACGCGCGCUGCGCCCCAGGAACCGUCCUUCACGUCUACAUCUGAGACCGAUGACGAGUCUGUGCCCAGCUAUACCUCCGUGCUUCAGUCGAACGUCUCGCGUAUGAACCAAACGCCACGUGCGUCAGAGCCCACGAAGCCGACAGAUCUCGCUGGUCUUGCAGACGAAUCUCAGGAAGGACUCAUCCUCCCGCAUACCCCUAGUCCUCAGAAACGUGUGCGUCGAUUAGGUACACGGGCUAUUCAGAGCGACGAUAUGGAGCGCCUCGUGCACCACAUCGAUGCAGAGCCUACGCUCCCUCAUAGCCUGCGCCGUACGCUUCGGUAG